UCAUUUUCUUUCUUCUUCUUUAGUCCCUCCCCCCUCUUCAUGCCACGCCCUCCUACGUCGUCCACCUCCCGGACGACUCCGAGUGGCACCCCUCCUCCCUCCCAUCGCACCCCCCUCCAUUUAUCCUCCCUUUUCACCUUCUCCUGGAUCAAAACCCUCAAACGCUCCAAAACUUCCGAAAGACUCUACAAAAAAUACGUCAGAUCCUAUAAACUCAAAUAACCAACAUCAUCCUCAUUCUCCUUUUCAUCAUUCUCAUUCUCGUUCUCGUUCUCAUCAUAAUCGUUAACAAUGUCGCAAAUAUUGGCACCGUUUCAAUUACUGGAACUAAAUGUCAUCUCAGGACAAGAUUUGGCUUCCGUGGGAAGAAACAUGCGAACCUACGCGGUUGCAUGGGUUCAUCCCGACAGAAAACUUUCCACACGUGUGGACACACAAGGCCACACCAAUCCAACAUGGAACGACAAAUUUGUCUUCCGCGUCGACGAUGAGUUUCUAUACAGCGACACGUCAGCGAUCAUGAUUGAGAUCUAUGCAUUGCAUUGGUUUAAAGAUAUUCACGUCGGGACCGUUCGUGUUCUCGUAGGAAACCUUAUUCCUCCGCCGGCUAGGCCUUUUCAUAACGACCGUGCUCCGCUUGGUAUGCGGUUUGUCGCGCUUCAGGUUCGUCGGCCUUCCGGGAGGCCUCAGGGGAUUCUUAAUAUCGGUGUAACGGUUUUGGAUAGCUCCAUGAGGAGUAUGCCGUUGUAUACUUUGAAUGCUUCUGCGGUUGGGUAUCGGCAUUUGAUGGGAGAGAAAGAUGCUUAUGAUAGCCAUAAUCAUCUUAGUCCUCAUGUUUUCGGAGGUGACAAAGGUGGCGGUGGAGGUGGAGGUAAACCUGAACUACGACGAACCAAAAGUGAUACGAGUUCUGUUAUUGCAUGUGAAGCGGUUUUGCGUCACCAACGUGCUAUUAUUAAUAAGGAAAGAGCUAGUUCUGCGAUUUCUGGUUCGGAAGUUAGCGAAAAUAAGGUGAAUAAAAACAAGAAGAAGAAGAAAAGUAAGAAGAAAAAGCCGUCUCAUGAUGAGGAAAGUUCUAUCAUUAGCAGUGUUCUCAGCGAUGGGGUUGUUCCGUGGAUAGUAAAAAAUGGAAAAGCAAGUUCUGCUCCUUCUGAUACACACGUGGAACCGCCGCCACCACCACGGUUUAGCCAUGACGAACACGGCAACUAUGAUGAAAAUGAUAAUGAUAAUCAUCACGAUCAUUAUCAUCAUGAUGAUAUUGAUAAUGAUAUUGAUGAUAACGAGAAGGAUGUUUCGUUUGUUAACACUAUUUCUGAAGCUGCUACAAGAGACACUGAUAUCAAUGAGAAACAGAACUUUGCCUAUCAAGUUAAGGCCACGCCAAAUCGUCAUUAUCCGAAAUCUCCGAUGGUGGAGUUUAAAAACUCUCCGAAGCCAAAGUUUAUGAAAUCCCCGACUAUGCCAGAAUAUAAGAACUCUCCGAAGCCGCAGUUUAAGAACUCUCCAAUGCCAGAGUAUAAGAACUCUCCUAAACCGCAGUUUCAUAAAUCUCCGAAGCCGGAGUAUAAGAAUUCUCCAAAGCCUAAGUAUAUGAGAUCUCCGACUAUGCCAGAAUAUGAGAACUCUCCAAAGCCUAAGUAUAUGAGAUCUCCGACAAUGCCGGAAUAUGAGGACUCUCCUAAGCCACAAUUUAAAAACUCGCCAAUGCCGGAAUAUGAGGACUCUCCUAAGCCACAAUUUAAAAACUCGCCAAUGCCGGAGUUUAAGAAUUCUCCAAUGCCACAGUUUAGGAAUUCGCCUAUGCCGGAGUAUAGGAAUACGCCUAUGCAGCAAGUUAGGAAUUCGCCUAUGCCGGAGUAUAAGAAUUCGCCUAUGCAGCACGUUAGGAAUUCGCCUAUGCCGGAGUAUAAGAAUACUCCCAUGCAGCAAGUUAGGAAUUCCCCUAUGCCACAGUUCAGAAAUUCCCCAAUGCCUCAGUUUCGAAACUCUCCAGCGGUGGCGCCACAUUUUAGGAAUUCACCGGCAGUUUCGAAGUUCAACCCUGCAAUGGGAUUUGGCGGUUCGCACAGGGGAACCCCGAUGCAUCCGUUUGGAAAGUUGAACGGUGGAAUGGAAUAUGCGACACCGAUGAGGUCCAACUUGGCUAACAUGAGGCCGGUUAUGAUGACAGAGUCUGAGCUGGGACCAUCUCCGUCAGAGGUUGCAGCUGCAAUGGCAAAGAAGCCAGUGAUCGAUGAGGAUAAUUCAACAGUGGGAGGGUGGAGUUUGGAUGAGAGUGUUGAAGGGUUGGGGUCAAAAUUAGAGAGGUGGCGGACGGAGUUGCCUCCGGUGAUAGACAAUGGUGAGAUGUCAAGCUUACCAACAACAAACACGACGAAAACUAAAUCUAGCCGCCAUUCGCGGAGGCAUACAGAUGGAGGGAACGGGUUGUUUUCUUGCUUUAGUAAUAUCUGUGGUGUUGAGUGCUCCAUAGUAUGUGGUGGUGACCCUAAAGCCAAGGCCAAGGCCAACAAGAAUAGUCGCCGACAAACUUCUUCCGACGACAGUUCCAGCCUUCUUUGACAAGACAGCCUGAGGUAGCAUUGCAUGCAUGCAUGGUGGAUCAUGGGAAAGGACUAAAGUGUGAUUUUCUUUAUUAUUUCCUUUUUUAGUUCUUUUGUGUCAUUCCUAUAUGAAAUCAUUGGAAUUCCACAUAAUUCCUAUACACAUUAUAUCAUACAAAAUAUAAUUAUGUAUUUAUAUUCAUGUAUUUACCUCUCUCAGUUUUCUUAUAGUUGUAGACUGAGUCACUGAGAUUCUCAGUCUAAGUUAUCACUGCAUAUAUGUAUAUGAUGAGUAGCAUUUUGUAGAAUGAGAAUCUCGGUAAGCUGGUUGAA